AUGACCGGUGGGGCUGUAAUUGGGGCAUUUGUUGUUGAGGCUUCAGUUGUCACAGAUGUUGAAGUUACUGUUAAAGUUAUUGUUGGUGUGGUAAUUGCUAUUACUGACGUUUCAGAACUAGUCGUCGAUUGUGAGGAUAAUGUAGAUGUUGUCGGACUUGUAGUUGGUAAGGAUGAGGUCGUUGGACUUGUAGUUGACGAUGUUAUGGUUGUCAGACUUGCAGUUGGUGACGUUAAGGUCGCUGGCAUUGUAAUUGUUGAAGCUGUGAUCGUUGGACUUGUAGUUGUCGACGAUGAGGUUGUCGGACUUAUAGUUGUCGACGUUGUGGUCGCAGCACUUCUAGUUGUCGACGUAGAGGCUGUUGGACUUGUAGUCGACGACGUUGAGGUUGUCGGACUUAUAGUUGUAGACGUUGUGGUCGUUAGACUUGUAGUUGUUAACGAGGAAGUUGUUGAACAUGGAGUUGUUAACGUUGAAGUUGUUGGACUUGGGGUUGUCGGACUUGUAGUUGUCGACGUGGAAGUUGUUAGACUUGCAGUUAUCGUCGUUGAAACUGUUGGACUUGUAGUUGGCAAGGCUAAGGUCGUGGAAAAUGUGGUUGUCGGACUUAAAGUUGACAAAGAUGAGGUCGUUGGACUUGAAGUUGUCGACGUAGAGGUCGUUGGAAUUGCAGUCAUUGACGUUGAAGAUGUUGAACUUGAAGUUCGUGAGCUUGAGGUCGUUGGACUUGUGGUUGUUGACGUUGUGGUUGUCGGACUUGUACUUGUGGACGUGGAAGUUAUUAAACUUGUAAUUGUCGACCUUAAAGAUGUUGGUCUUGUGGUUGUCGCCGUGGAAGCUGCUUGA